UUGCCAUUUUUUUCUUCCCUCUCCAGGGUUUAUCUGGCAACACAAUGCUUGGCGUGAGCCAUGUGGUCACUACAAGUGUCGGGAUGUGUGAUAUCGACAUCAGGCCAGGUCUCUAUGGGAGUGUGAUUGUAGCAGGAGGGAACACCCUACUACAGAGCUUUACAGACAGACUAAAUAGAGAACUGUCUCAGAAAACACCUCCGAGCAUGCGACUGAAGUUGAUAGCGAACAAUACAACAGUAGAGCGAAGGUUUAGUUCCUGGAUUGGUGGAUCCAUUUUGGCUUCUUUGGGGACCUUCCAGCAGAUGUGGAUCUCCAAGCAAGAAUACGAAGAAGGAGGGAAGCAAUGUGUAGAAAGAAAAUGCCCAUAAAAACCUGGUUUUUUUAUUAUUAAAAAAGACAGCUGCCUUCCCCAGCGCUUCUAAUAUUGGAUAGCUUUAGCAUACUCAGGAAUCCAAAGUUUUGUGUCUCUUUUGUAGGAAAUGUAUACUUUUUUGUGCAUUCUGCAAUCUCCCAUUUUUAACAAACCAUAGGUAUUUUAAAAGGCCAACAUUAUUCUGUCACAGCAGAUGGAUGCCCGCAUCCUUGUAAAUGCAAUAACUCUUAUACAAACUCUUUUUAUAAUUUUUGUAUAGAUAUAUAUUUUCUGCAAAAUUCCCGUCCCCCCACUGGAAACAAAGCUAUAAACUGUGGAUGUAAUCUCCUGCCUUUCUGAGAAAUGUGUCUACUUUCAGACUAGUCUUCCUUGUUACGUUGGCCUUAAUAAAUUCCUCUAGUUUGUCUUAGA